UAACAGCACUGCUGCUGGGUUGAUGUCCUACUACAGACAUGUCCAGGUCUUUUUGUCCAUUGCCUGCCACCUGGUACCUCCUCCACACUCCUGAGACUGUGCUGGGAGACACAGCAAAGCCAAAAAUACUGCAAGAUCACGUGACGACGUCUCCUCCUGAGCAGCAGCCGGUUGUUUACGGGGUGAUGAGGACGCACUGCUGGCCAGCUGUCAAAAUCAUUAGACAGGAGGAAAACCAGCACAGGUACCACUGGGAAGCACGGCUCUAAAACCCGUCGUCACUUAGCGGGCAUAGUUUAUGUUAAAUGUGUUCGUGUUCGGAAGUUUUAGCACUAUCUGAAUUUAGACAGAGAAACGGGAGAAAGGGGGAGCCCGUUUGCUACAAGCUAGCCGCAAAGAGGCGAGACGGUACAGGAGGUUGUUUCAGAGGUUCUCAGAAAUUGACAAGGGACUGUAGCACACACAGCCGGUCUUCAGUUCUUGCUGGUUUUGCCCUGUUGCAGUGGCACCAUGGCCAACCGUGAAGAGUCCAAGAAGAUGAAUGGCAAUUCUGGUGACUCUUCUACCCUUUUGGAAACACCCAAAGUGAGCAUGCAGCUUAAAAAAGAGAUCUCAUUGCUUAAUGGAGUCAGUCUGAUCGUAGGAAACAUGAUAGGCUCUGGGAUCUUCGUGUCCCCGAAGGGUGUCCUCAUUUACAGUGCCUCUUACGGACUCUCACUAGUCAUCUGGGCGAUUGGAGGUCUGUUCUCAGUAAUUGGGGCCCUUUGUUAUGCUGAGCUGGGCACCACAAUCACCAAAUCAGGAGCCUCUUAUGCAUACAUACUGGAGUCAUUUGGUGGUUUUAUUGCAUUUAUUCGUUUGUGGACAUCUCUGCUGAUUAUUGAGCCCACGAGCCAGGCAGUCAUAGCCAUCACAUUUGCAAACUACCUGGUGCAGCCGCUCUUUCCAACAUGUGAGCCACCGUAUGCGGCAUCCAGGCUCAUUGCUGCAGCAUGUGUUUGCCUGCUGACAUUCAUCAACUCUGCGUAUGUAAAGUGGGGCACCCGUGUUCAGGACAUUUUCACCUACGCUAAGGUGGCAGCCCUGAUCGUCAUUAUAGUCACUGGCAUCGUCAAGCUAUGCCAAGGCUAUACAGGUAACUUCGAAUCAUCCUUUCAGGGAUCAUCUACCGACCCCGGUGACAUUGCAUUGGCGCUGUACUCUGCCCUGUUCUCUUACUCUGGCUGGGACACUCUCAACUUUGUAACUGAGGAGAUCAAAAGUCCUGAAAAGAACCUGCCCAUGGCAAUUGCCAUCUCUAUGCCGAUUGUCACCAUUAUUUACAUCCUCACUAAUGUUGCCUAUUAUGCUGUUCUGGAUGUCAGUGCUAUACUGGCCAGUGAUGCAGUUGCAGUGACGUUUGCCGAUCACACGCUUGGUGUAAUGAGCUGGACCAUUCCCAUUGCUGUGGCUUUGUCCUGCUAUGGAGGGCUCAAUGCAUCUAUUAUAGCUGCAUCCAGGUUGUUCUUUGUGGGAUCUCGUGAGGGUCACCUUCCAGAUGCUCUGUCCAUGAUCCAUAUACAGAGAUUCACUCCGAUUCCUGCUCUGAUCUUCAAUUGUGUCAUGUCACUGAUCUACCUGACAGUGGAAGACGUCUUCCAGCUUAUCAAUUACUACAGCUUUAGCUACUGGUUCUUCAUGGGGCUGUCCAUCGCUGGCCAGAUCUACCUCCGCUUGAAGGAGCCAGACAGACCCAGACCUCUUAAGCUCUCAUUAUUAUACCCGGUGGUGUUCUGCCUCUGUACCAUUUUCCUGGUGGCAGUUCCUCUCUACAGCGACACCAUCAACUCCCUGAUCGGCAUUGCCAUUGCCCUAUCUGGUGUUCCAGUCUACUUCCUGGGUGUCUACCUGCCAGAGUCCAAACGACCACCUGUCAUCACUAAGCUGCUGCGUUCUCUGACUGACUUCACCCAGUACACCUGCUUCUGUGUGCUGACUGAGAUGGACAAAAGUCAAUAGACUGUUACACUUUAAAACCCAGGAGUUUGUGCAUCCUCACAGCCAACAGAUGUGGCCUUCAGCUGUAUAAAACAAACAAAGAUUUUUGUUCUGGGAAAACAUUUCAAGGUGCAGUAGAGAGGUGGUUAUGCAGUUUAUUUAUUAUUAAUCCUUAUUGAGUUUAGCAGGUAAUUUUAUAUACUAUAUGCCUUUUAAACAGUAUAUGCCUUUGAGACUUCACUGGUGCUAUGAACAUGACUGCAGGGACCAGAGCAUAAUGCAGGUUAAUAUUCUCUCCUGGGUUCUAACUAAAAGGUGUGAGUGUGUUUAACAUUGAUCUAAACUAUUGGUCUUAUUUAUUUUCUAAUGAAGAAGGGGAGAAAAUACUACUGCUGCUAUUUGAGGACAGUGACAUCCCUGUAAUGUCAUUGCCUUUAUUUACUCUUGGCCUCAUUGCUUGCAGUUUCUUGCUGUUUUUUUUUUCAACCAACAUAACAUGUUUUCCAUGUGUUGAAUUCAGUGACUCUUGAGUGUUUCAAGCUGACCAGCUGAGGUGGGUUUAGUGUAAUUCACCCUGUUUCACAGUAUGAGAUGCUGUAAGCCUUUUUUUUUUUUUUUUU